GGCAACCUGCUGAGACCAAAAGAAGGACCCAGACUAUGAGUCACCUGUCAGAAACCCUGCACCAGUCCCGUGACCAGGUGAGGAGCCAGGAUCUCGGGAACCAGAGCACCCACACCCAGCUGAUGGAGGUGAUGCAGCGUUUGCAGCAGACCGUGGAGGACUACAUCACGCAGCUGAAGACCCAGCACCUGCAGCCGGACCUGGGGCUGGGGGAGCAAAGGCACAGUCAGGCCGCCAGGGAGCAGGAAGCCAUCCUGGUCCGCUUGAUGUGCCAGGUGGUCAACCUCUUACAGCCUUGCCCUCCCCUGGACUCUAGUGGUCAUGUGGGAGGUGGGCAGCAGGCCCAGUCAUCCAGGCAGCCUGACCAGCUAGGUCACCACCUGAGUGAUUUGCAAGCUACAGUCGUCAGCUGUGACCUGUCCACCCGUGGCAGCGACAUUUCUGCCUUAUACCACUCCAGCAUCCAGGGCUACAAAACCUACCAAGGAGACAAAUACCACGAGGACAAGAACCCCUUGGGCUUCAUUAACCUCGGUGUCAGUGAGAACAAGCUCUGCAUUGAUCUGAUGACUGAAAGGUUGAGUCGGAGCGACAUGCACUACAUUGAGGACGCCCUGUUGCAAUAUGCUGACUGGAGAGGACAACCAUUCCUGCGUGAAGAAGUGGCCCGGUUCCUGGCCUACUACUGCAAGGCACCUGCCCCGCUUGAUCCAGAAAAUGUGGUUGUUCUAAAUGGCUGCUGCUCUGUCUUCUCGGCGCUGGCCAUGGUUCUGUGUGAGCCAGGUGAGGCUUUUCUGACCCCCACUCCCUUCUACGGUGGCUUCGCCUUUACUUCCCACCUGUAUUCGAAAGUGGAACUGAUUCAUGUCCACCUGGACAGUGAGGUCACCGAUACAAACACCUGUCCAUUCCAGCUCUCUGUGGGCAAGUUGGAGACAACCUUGCUUGAGGCUAGGCUUAAGGGGAAGCAUGUCAGAGGCCUUCUGCUCAUCAACCCCCAGAAUCCUCUGGGAGACGUCUACUCUGAAGAUGCACUGAAGGAAUACCUGGAAUUUGCCAAAAGGUACAACCUACAUGUGAUUAUAGACGAGAUGUACAUACUGUCUGUGUUUGAUGAAUCCAUCACAUUCCACAGUGUUCUGAGCAUGGAAACUUUGCCUGACCCUCAGAGGAUUCAUGUGAUCUGGGGGACCAGUAAGGAUUUCGGGAUCUCUGGCUUCCGUUUCGGUGCUCUGUACACCCAAAACAAGGAGGUGGCCUCUGCCGUGAGCUCUUUUGGCUACCUCCACAGCAUCUCUGGCAUUGCCCAAUACAAGCUGUGUCGGCUGCUCCAGGACAGAGAAUGGAUUGACAAGGUGUACCUGCCCACUAACCGCUCUCGGCUGCAGGCAGCUCACAAGUACAUCACCAACAACCUGAAGGCACUGAAGAUCCCUUUUCUCAAUCGUGGCUCGGGCCUCUAUAUCUGGAUCAACUUGAAAAAGUACCUGGACCCGUGCACAUUUGAGCAAGAGCUGCUCCUCCAUCACCGAUUCCUGGAAAACAAGCUGUUACUGGCCCGUGGCAAGUCCUACAUGUGUACGGAGCCUGGCUGGUUUCGCCUCAUCUUUUCGGAGAAGCCUCUCUGCCUAAAAUCGGGCAUGUAUUUGCCAAGAAACCCCCGUGGCUCUAGCGGCCUCAAUAUUGGGGAACUGAGGCCCGGAGGCAGAGGAGGGCGCCCCCACGAGCCAGCUGGGGAGACCAGGGCGAGGAGGUGGCCCCAGGAGCUCGGGCAACAGAGCGUGGAGAUGGCAGCGGGCUACUCGCGCCUCUCAGGGGUCUCCGCCCUGGGCUUCUUCCCCUUCUCCGGCUUCUCCCGGGGCCUGGGCUGUCAGCGGACACCGGAAGGGCCGGGGGAGCCCCGGUCCACCCUGUGCAACCGGGUGUGCGCGUGGUAUCCUGCAGGCCACACGGAGGCGUCCUCCGGCCUCAGUCGCAAGGGGGCGAACUGCUCUUUUACCAACCCGGGAAGUCACGGGGCGCAGACGUUCCCCAGCCCCCAGUCCGGGAGCCUUAGGGCUGGGUCGCCCGCGCAGAAAGCACCGACACUGACCUCGCGUCUCCUGGGUGUCCACGUCGCACCUCCAGCUCGGCCAGGUCGGUGUGAUUCCAGCUGUGCAGACUAG